GGGAGGAGCUGGCGGCGAGCGCCGAGCCCGGCGCGCAGCGGCGGAGCUGGGGCUGCGAAGGGACCACGGGCGGGAGCUCAAUCUACAGGUCAGGCCCUGAUGACUGGUCUGUAACCUCAGUGGGAACUCAAGAAUUUCCAUGAAGAAAAACUGUUGUCCUCAUCCCAAAAUUGAGGUCUGGCUCAUCCUUAGAAUUCCUGCAGCUGGUAAAGAUCUGUUUUCUAGAAAAGGUUUAAUUAAUGCCUACAAUCUGACGUGUUCCCGAUUUGAGGUGAAACCAUGAAGAGAAAAUAGAACAACAAUAAUGCUUUUCCGCAACCGCUUCUUGCUGCUGCUGGCCCUGGCUGCGGUGCUGGCCUUCCUGAGCCUCAGCUUGCAGUUCUUCCACCUGAUCCCCGUGUCGACAGCUAAGGAUGGAGUGAGCAGCAAGAGUCGAAAGAGAAUCAUGCCCGACCCAGUGACAGAGCCCCCCGUGACAGACCCUGUUUACGAAGCUCUUUUGUACUGCAACAUCCCAAGCGUGGCCGAGCGCAGCAUGGAAGGUCACGCCCCGCAUCAUUUUAAGCUGGUCUCAGUGAAUGUGCUCAUUCGCCACGGGGACAGGUACCCACUGUAUGUCAUUCCUAAAACAAAGCGACCAGAAAUUGACUGCACUCUGGUGGCUAACAGGAAACCGUAUCACCCUAAAUUGGAAGCUUUCAUUAGUCACAUGUCAAAAGGAUCUGGAGCCUCUUUUGAAAGCCCCUUAAACUCCCUGCCUCUUUACCCCAAUCACCCACUGUGCGAGAUGGGGGAGCUCACGCAGACAGGAGUCGUACAGCAUUUGCAGAAUGGCCAGCUGCUGAGGGACAUCUAUCUAAAGAAGCACAAACUCCUGCCCAGUGAUUGGUCCAUAGACCAGCUUUAUUUAGAAACCACUGGGAAAAGCCGAACCCUGCAAAGUGGGCUGGCCUUGCUUUAUGGCUUUCUCCCAGAUUUUGACUGGAAGAAGAUUUAUUUCAGGCACCAGCCAAGUGCUCUGUUCUGCUCUGGAAACUGCUACUGCCCAGUGAGAAAUCAGUAUCUGGAAAAGGAGCAGCGUCGUCAGUACCUCUUACGUUUGAAAAACAGCCAGCUGGAGAGGACCUACGGGGAGAUGGCCAAGAUCGUGGACAUCCCCACCAAGCAGCUCCGAGCUGCCAAUCCCGUAGACUCCAUGCUCUGCCACUUCUGCCACAACGUCAGCUUCCCCUGCACCAGAAACGGCUGUAUCGGCAUGGAGCACUUCAAGGUGAUCAAGACGCAUCAGAUUGAGGACGAAAGAGACAGGCGGGAAAAGAAACUGUACCUCGGGUAUUCACUCCUAGGUGCCCACCCCAUCCUGAAUCAAACUGUGAACCGGUUGCAGCGUGCUGCCGAGGGCAGGAAAGAAGAGAUCUUUGCCCUCUACUCAGCUCACGAUGUCACUCUGUCGCCAGUUCUCAGUGCCUUGGGCCUUUCGGAAGCCAGGUUCCCAAGGUUUGCGGCCAGGCUGAUCUUUGAGCUUUGGCAAGACAGAGAAAAGCCCAGUGAACAUUCUGUCCGGAUUCUUUACAAUGGUGUUGACGUCACAUUCCACACCUCUUUCUGCCAGGACCACCACAAGCGUUCUCCCAAGCCCAUGUGCCCCCUUGAAAACUUAGCCCGCUUUGUCAAAAGGGACAUGUUUGUGGCCCUGGGUAGCAGUAGUACAAAUUAUUAUGAUGCAUGUCACAGGGAAGGAUUCUGAAAGGUAUGCGGUACAGCACUGUAGAAUCUAUGCCAAUACAGAAGGCCAGGAAACGUCCACUCCUAGUUCUAUCCAUUGCUAAGGGUAUAAGAUUUUUUAUUUUUAGAGGCUAAAAAUUGUGUUGGCAGCCACAUGGAUGGUUUAGGUUGAACAGUAAGAAUGUUGCUAUAAACUGGUACAUGAGUUGCUUGGUACAAAAUGGCCGGUUCACAGAGAAAAGAGGGUACUUUAUCAUCUCCAGACUUUGCGUACAAUGCCAGAAUCAUACUUCAGUACCCAAAGUUGCCAAUCCAAGUUUGUAUCCUUUUGGCCUGCCAUGGUACUAUAUGAUGGAACCAGCAAACCUCAGCCAAAAUUUUCUUAAUCUUGGACAAUUUUACCUUGUCCUUGUUCAGUUAAAAAUUUCUUAAAGUGAUUUAUCUAAAACAGGGAUUAGCAAACUUUUUCUGUAAAAGGCGGGAUAGUAAUUAUCUGAACUGCGUGGACCAAAAGGCCACAUUUAUUCUGUCACAACUACUCAACUCUGCUCUUACAACGUGAAAGCAAUCACAGACAGUGCAUAAAUGAACAAGUGUGGCUAUGUUCACAGGCCAAACACAGCAAGUGGUGGCCAGGUUUGGCCCCGGGCUGUAGCUUGCUGUCCCCUGAUCUAAAAAAUAGGCUCCACUACAAUUGCACUUCCAGCACUUUGAGAACCAGUUGAAUACCAAGAAUUAUUUAAUGGUUUCUCUAGUAACUUCUGCUAGAAACACAGAAUUUGGUCUGUAUCUGACACUAUUAUAAAACUUGAGGGGAAAUAAACAUUGAAUCACAAUGAGUCAUAGAAAAAUUAUUAGAAGAAUACUUGAUGUUCAUGAUGAUUGUGGUAAAAGAUAGUUUUAAGUAUGUUUUAAAAUUUGUCUGCUGUAGUCUAUUUGCUGUAUAUGCUGAAAUUUUUGUAUUCCAUUUAGUAUUUUUAUAGUCUAGGAAAAUAUUUUCUAAGACCAGUUUUAGAUGUGCUCUUAUUCCUAUAGUAAUAUUCAAUUUACUGUACGUGCUUGGUAGUUAGAAGGAGGCCAGAAGAUGAAUUUAGGCACUUUCUUCCAAUAAAACUAAUUAUGGCUCACUCCCUUUGACAAGCCGUAAAAUUGGAUCAAUUUUUAAACCAUUUUCAUCAGUUUCAAAUGGUAAAUUCUAAUUGAUUUUUAAAUACGUUUUUGGAAGAACUUUGUUACUAGAUAGUUUAAAAAUCUUUAUAGGGUGUUUUAUAUAUUAGAAGCAAUUAUAAUUAAAUCUGUGAUUUCUGAAUUAAUGGUGCUAAUUCUAUUCAAAGAAAUGUAAAGUACAAAUGAGAUUCCCUGGUGUCAUUGGAAUUCCAACUUUUUGUUUUUGUCCAGUGUUACGUUUGAAUAUGUCUGUUUCUAUAAUAAAUUUUUGAAGAAUACAUAUACUAUA